CCAGGUGAUGCUGGGAGUCGUAGUCCACGCUCGGUGAGGCCCCAGUCCGAGGGGCGGAGCCCUGCAAGCAUGUUCUCCAGCAGCGACGUUACCGUUGCCGGCAGCUGAUCCCCGGCGAGGAGGACGAUGCCUCAGCGGGGCGGCGACCUCCCCCCGUCCAAGAGGCCGAAGCUGGCGUCCGCCGCGGCGCCCUUCGGCUCCGGCUUCCGCAGAGCUAUGUUGCCGGCGCCGCCCGCAGCCAAGCGGCAGCCUCCGCCCGCCUCGGGGCUCGAGAGCCGGCGCCGCAGCCUGCCCAUCUUCCAGGCGCGAGGGGCGCUCCUCGGCCAGCUCCGGAGCCUCGACUGCGCCGUCCUCAUCGGGGAAACAGGAUCUGGGAAGACAACUCAGAUCCCCCAGUACCUCUACGAAGGGGGAAUUGGACGCCAGGGCAUUAUUGCUAUCACUCAGCCUCGCCGUGUUGCCGCUAUCUCCUUAGCUACUCGAGUCUCUGAUGAGAAGAAAACCGAACUGGGGAAGCUGGUCGGCUACACAGUUCGCUUCGAGGAUCUUACUUCCGAGGAGACGAAAAUCAAGUUCCUGACAGACGGGAUGCUGCUCCGUGAAGCCAUCGGGGACCCCCUCCUCCACAAGUACAGUGUUGUCAUUUUGGACGAAGCGCACGAGAGGACAAUCCACACAGACGUGCUCUUUGGCGUGGUGAAAACAGCGCAGAAGAAGCGGAAGGACUUGGGGAAAUCCUCACUAAAAAUAAUUGUUAUGUCGGCUACCAUGGACGUUGACCAGUUCUCCCAAUACUUCAAUGGAGCACCUGUCCUAUACCUGGAAGGCCGGCAGCAUCCCAUCCAGAUCUUCUACGCCAAACAACCUCAGAGCGAUUACCUCCAGGCUGCGUUAGUGACCAUCUUUCAGAUCCAUCAGGAAGCACCAUCUUCUCAGGACAUCUUGGUCUUCCUGACGGGUCAGGAGGAGAUCGAAGCCAUGACCAAAACCUGCCGGGACAUCGCAAAACAUCUUCCCGACGGUUGCGCACCAAUGGUGGUCAUGCCUCUGUAUGCUUCUCUGCCCUACUCACAGCAACUCCGAGUCUUCCAGACUGCACCCAAGGGCUAUCGCAAAGUGAUCCUCUCAACGAACAUUGCUGAGACCUCCAUCACUAUCGCAGGCAUAAAAUACGUCGUGGACACGGGCAUGUUUAAAGCCAAGAAGUACACUCCUGAAAGCGGGCUUGAAGUGCUGGCAGUCCAGAGGGUAUCAAAAGCACAGGCUUGGCAGCGGGCAGGCCGAGCCGGAAGAGAGGACAGCGGACUUUGCUACCGCCUGUACACGGAACACGAGUUUGAGAAGUUUGACAAAAUGACGGUGCCUGAAAUACAAAGGUGUAACCUGGCCAGUGUGAUGCUCCACCUGCUGGCCCUGAGGAUUCCGAACGUUCUCACCUUUGACUUUAUGUCCAAACCAUCUCCAGAGGCCAUUCAGGCGGCUAUUGAACAGCUUGCCCUGUUGGGGGCAGUGGAAAGAAAAGAUGACCAGCUCGUCCUGACCACUCUGGGAAGGAAGAUGGCAGCAUUUCCUCUGGAACCUAAGUUCUCCAAAACCAUUCUGAUGUCCCCCAGGUUCCACUGCUCAGAGGAGAUCCUCACCAUUAUCUCAAUCCUAUCUGUGGACAGCGUCCUCUACAACCCCCCAUCCCGGCGUGACGACGUCCAGGCCAUCCGGAAAAAGUUCAUCUCCAGCGAAGGGGACCACAUCACGUUGCUCAAUAUCUACCGAGCCUUCAAAAACAUCAGUGGCAAUCGGGAAUGGUGCAAAGAAAACUUUGUGAACAGCAGGAACAUGAUGCUGGUCUCUGACAUCAGAGCACAGCUGCGAGAUAUUUGCAUGAAGCUCUCGAUACCGCUCGAAUCUUCCCGGUCUGAUACGGGCAACAUCCGCCGCUGCCUCGCGUACAGCCUCUUCAUGUACACAGCCGAGCUGCAGCUGGACGGGACCUACGCCACAACCGACACCCACCAGCCGGUGGCCAUCCACCCGUCCUCCGUCCUCUUCCACUGCAAGCCAGCCUGCGUCGUGUUCAACGAACUCCUUCAUACCAACAAGUGCUACAUGCGGGACCUCUGUGUGGUGGAUGCCGAUUGGCUGUUUGACGCCGCACCCGAGUACUUCCGCCGGAAGCUCAGAGCAGCCAAGAACUAAUGUUGAGGGUGCAGAGCAUGGAAACUAGGGUUCGGGGUUCGGUUAACCCUAGCGGGCAGGGGCUGUUCUGUGCUAGUCUGGUACCCGGUUACAAGAGAAGGUUCGUCAGCAGCCAGACCUUCUGAAUUUCCAGAUUCCCAUGGCAGCUUUGGACUUUAUGAAUGGGCAUCAUCAGCGGGUUGCGGACAGUGGUGUAGGAAAAACGGCAUGAGGAGGCGGACCGCAUCUCAGUGGAAACGGCUGUCCGGGUGCCUGGUGACAUCUGAACAACAGAUCCCCUGUUGAUGUGCUUUGUGGUGCAGUCCUAAACAGAGUUAACGCUCUUCUAAGCCCACUGACCUAGAAAGCUGUAACUCUGUCGGAUUGCACUGUUUAAAUAUCUCACUUUGUUUCCAUUAAAGAGGAAACAGAGAGACGAGAACCCAAAUAGGACAGGUGGUUGCAUAUAUUUGCACAGCCUUUUCUCGACGUUGGUCAAAAACGACGUUGACGUUCUGUGUGACAGUAACAUGAAUUUUUAAAAAGGAGUCCAGGGACACUUUAGCGGCCAACUGUAUUCCAGCAUAGUUUUUUUGUGGGUAAUUACUGCGACCAACCAUUAUGCUGCAAUGAAAGGUUGUGUUUUAAGGUGUCCCUGGGCUCUUCAUUGAUUUUAUUGUUUAGCUGCUACAGAGUAACACGGCUACACAUCUGGAAGUAUCAUGAGUUAAAACGGUGACUUUAAAAAACCUUUCUUUUCCAAAGGGAGGCGUUCAUCCCUUCUUUUUUGAAAGCCUCUGCCUUGAUGUACGGGAAGAUUCUUGUCAUUAAACAGUUGGAAGCGUA